AUGCGACUUGCUAGAGAAGCUGGGAGUAGCUUUUUGGGGCGAAAACAGGUCAGGGGAGGAAAGGCUGUGUUUCGUCCGCCGGACCACCACCUCAGGGGAACGAUGGACGCGGAGUCCACAGCCGCUGCCGCCAUCUCUGCGGAGCUGGCUUCUGCCGACAAAAUUGAAGAUGAUGCUCCAGCUCCUUCUACUUCUGCAGAUAAAGUAGAGAGUUUGGAUGUGGAUAGUGAAGCAAAGAAGCUAUUGGGCUUAGGACAGAAGCAUCUGGUGAUGGGGGAUAUUCCAGCAGCUGUCAAUGCUUUCCAGGAAGCAGCUAGUCUUUUAGGUAAAAAGUAUGGAGAGACAGCUAAUGAGUGUGGAGAAGCUUUCUUUUUCUAUGGGAAAUCUCUUCUGGAGUUGGCAAGAAUGGAGAAUGGUGUUUUGGGAAAUGCCCUGGAAGGUGUGCAUGUGGAAGAAGAGGAAGGAGAAAAAACAGAAGAAGAAUCUCUGGUAGAAAAUAAUGAUAACGUGGAUGAAACUGAGGGCUCAGAAGAAGAGGAUAAAGAAAAUGACAAGGCUGAAGAAACACCAAAUGAUUCAGUUCUUGAAAACAAGUCUCUUCAAGAAAAUGAAGAGGAGGAGAUUGGGAACCUAGAGCUUGCCUGGGAUAUGCUGGAUUUAGCAAAGAUCAUUUUUAAAAGGCAAGAAACUAAAGAAGCUCAGCUUUAUGCUGCACAGGCACAUCUUAAACUUGGAGAAGUUAGUGUUGAAUCUGAGAAUUAUGUCCAAGCUGUGGAGGAAUUCCAGGCUUGCCUAAACCUUCAAGAGCAGUACCUGGAAGCCCAUGACCGUCUCCUUGCAGAGACCCACUACCAGUUGGGCUUGGCCUAUGGGUACAACUCUCAGUAUGACGAGGCAGUGGCACAGUUCGGCAAAUCUAUUGAAGUCAUUGAGAAGAGAAUGGCUGUACUAGAUGAGAAGAUGAAGGAGGCUGAAGGAUCCCGGACUGAAUAUGAGAAAGAAAUUGAGGAGCUGAAGGAACUGCUACCUGAAAUUAGAGAGAAGAUAGAAGAUGCAAAGGAGUCCCAGCAUAGUGGGAAUGUAGCUGAAUUGGCUCUGAAAGCAACUCUGGUAGAGAGCGCUACUUCAGGUUUCACUCCUAGUGUAGGAGGCUCUUCAGUCUCCAUGAUUGCCAGUAGAAAGUCAGCAGAUGGUGCUUCCUCGUCAAAUUGUGUGACUGAUAUUUCCCACCUUGUCAGAAAGAAGCGGAAACCAGAGGAAGAGAGUCCCCGGAAAGAUGAUUCAAAGAAAGCCAAGCAAGAGCCGGAGGUGAAUGGAGGCAGCGGAGAUGCAGUCUCCAGUGGAAAUGAAGUUUCUGAAAACAUGGAGGAGGAGGCUGAGAAUCAGGCUGACAGCCGGGCAGCAAUGGAGGGGACAGUGGAGGCUGCAGCUACAGUUGAAAGCACUGCAUGUUAA